UAACCAAUAUCUGGUCUCGGUGGCUCUCUAAUUUUACUCCAGGCGCCCACCUUCAUUUGCCAGCUGGGAUCUCGUAAUGAGCUAGCUGCACACAGUUGAGUAGUAAACCUAUUUUAGCUGGUGAAAUAUGCUUGAAGAGCUUGCUGCUGGAAUGUUCCAUGUCAGGCCCGCUUCCCCUCUCUCAUUGGUAUUAUCUUUUCAGGAUGGCUGUAGCUCCUCCAAGUUACUGUUUUGUGGCCUUCCCGCCGCGUGCUAAGGACGGUCUGGUGGUAUUUGGGAAAAACUCAGCCCGGCCCAGAGAUGAAGUGCAGGAGGUUGUGUAUUUCUCGGCUGCUGAUCAUGACCCUGAGAGCAAGGUGGAGUGCACUUACAUUUCAAUUGACCAAGUUCCAAGGACCCAUGCCAUUGUGAUAAGCAGACCUGCCUGGCUUUGGGGGGCAGAAAUGGGAGCCAAUGAACAUGGAGUAUGCAUAGCCAAUGAAGCCAUCAACACCAGAGAACCAGCUGCUGAGACAGAAGCCUUACUGGGGAUGGAUCUUGUCAGACUUGGUUUAGAAAGAGGGACAACAGCUAAAGAAGCCUUAGAUGUCAUCGUCUUCUUGUUGGAAGAACAUGGACAAGGUGGGAAUUAUUAUGAAGAUGCAGACGCCUGCCAUAGCUUCCAAAGUGCGUAUCUGAUUGUGGAUCGCGAAGAAGCCUGGGUGCUGGAGACCGUGGGGAAAUACUGGGCUGCUGAGAAAAUCACAGGUGAGUGGGUGUGGGCGGUGAGGAGGCUUGAGGACAGGAAAGGCUGAGGUGGACGUUGCCUGGAUGA